AGCAGCGUCCCACAAAAGAGGCAAUCAACCAUGAUGACCAAACGCCUUCAUCUUCUCUUCUUCCUCGUCGUCGUCGCCGCCUCUUUUCAAUGCCUCCGUCAAUCCGUCGCGUUCACUGUCAUAGUCGACCCUGCCGCCGACUUCAAUCCCAGUGCCACCACAUUCAUCCGCACAAGUUGUAACGCCACCCUCUACCCCGGCCUCUGCUACACCUCCCUCUCUCCCUACUACAAUGCCAUCCAACAGAGUUCCGGCAAGCUCGCUCGCGUCGCCAUAGCAUUAACCCUCACCAAGGCCCGCCACAUGGCCUCCUACCUCUCCACGCUCUCUCGUGAAGCAGACUACAGCACCAACUCACGCGCCGCCUCCGCCCUCCGCGACUGCUUCACAAACCUUGGCGAUGCCGUUGACGAAAUCCGCGGCUCGCUCAAGCAGAUGCGCCAGUUAGCCAUCACCGGUGCCGGCGGGGAGCAGUUCAGGUUCCGGAUGAGCAACGUGCAGACGUGGAUGAGCGCAGCGCUGACGGAUGAGGACACGUGUACGGACGGGUUCGAGGAUGUACCGGAAGAUUCCGUGAAGAAGGAUGUAUGUGAUCGGAUGACGUACCUGAAGGAGUUCACCAGCAACGCCUUAGCGCUGGUGAAUAGUUACGCUAACAGGGAGAUGGCUUAGAUAUUACUUUUUACUAAUCAAUUAUAAUUAAUGGUAGUAAUAGUAAUUAUAUUUCAAGCUUUUCUUUUCUUUUCUUUUCUUUUCUUUCUUUCUUUCUUUCUUUCUUUCUUUCUUUUGCUUUUUUGGCUUUUAAAGCUGUGAACUUCACUGUUAAAUAGUGUUUGUCCUUCUAGUUUUGGUGAACGGUAGAAAAGUGUUUCCGUCUUAAGUCACUUAUGAAUCUUCUUUGUAUGUAUCGUGCUUUUUACUUUUUUUGGAAGAAAUGUAUCGUGCGUGCCUUUCA